UUACAUGUGAUUAUUGCACAUCCACAACAACACUCAACUCCAUAAAAAUGGCGCUUCCUAAUGCAGUAGUAGAUUCCAGGCAAGAGCUUCUGGAUGCUCAAUCCCAUGUUUGGAAUCUCAUAUACAACUACAUAAGCUCAAUGUCCCUCAAAUCCGCGAUUCAAUUAGGCAUACCCGAUGCCAUCCACAAACACAAUAAACCAAUUACACUUCCUCAACUAGCCGACGCCCUCUCCAUCAACAAAGCCAAAUCCCCCGCCCUCUUUCGCCUGAUGCGAAUUCUAGUCCAUUUCAACAUCUUCAAACAUGAGGAAGAGGCCUACUCGCUCACAAGGGCUUCGCGUCUCUUGUUGAGAGACGGGCCCUUGAGCUUCGCCCCUCUCGCACUUGUCGGGAUUGAUGCGAUCAUGGUGGAUCCAUUCCAUCAUAUGGCCGAAUGGUUUAAAGAUGAAUUCCCAACUCCGUUCUUCACCAGAAACGGAAAAACCAUGUGGGAGUUUGGAGAGAAUGAUGAGGGUUGGAACAAAGUGUUUAAUGAUGGAAUGUCUAGUGAUUCACAUAUUGUGAACAGCAUACUUGUUAAUGAAUGCAAGCAUGUUUUUGAGGGUUUGAAGAGUGUGGUGGAUGUUGCUGGGGGCACCGGGGUGGUGGCCAAGGCGGUAGCUGGGGCGUUUCCGGACAUUAAAUGCGUUGUGCUCGACCUUCCACAAGUGGUUGAUGGGCUUAAGGGAUCUGAGAAUCUGAGGUUUGUGGGUGGUGACAUGUUUGAGUUCAUUCCUCCUGCUGAUGCUGUUAUACUCAAGUGGAUACUCCACAACUGGAGUGUAGAAGAUUGUGUUAGGAUAUUGAAAAAAUGCAAAGAAGUAAUAGGUGGGAUUGGGAAUGGUGGGAAAGUGAUAAUUGUGGAUAUGGUUGUGGAUUGUGAGAAACAAGAGCAUAGUGCCUUUCAAACUCAGCUGCUUUUUGAUGUGUUGAUGAUGACUGUGUUGGCCGGAAAAGAGAGAACUGAGAAAGAGUGGGCUCACCUCUUUUCUUCAGCUGGCUUCCAAAAUUAUAAAAUCACUCCUAUCUUAGGAUUGAGGUCUGUAAUUGAAGUAUUUCCAUGAUUAUCUAAUAAUGUUGGUGUAUGUUUCGAUACUAGCUAAUUCUUCAAUUUGUAGUAGUAUAUCAUAAUUUAUCUUUUUA